UGUUAACUCCUGUUCUUUUUACAGGUCAUAACUGCCUUACUAUCUGUUUCUAACUAAUCUCUUUUAUGCUUAAAUAGAAGUGAUUUAUGGAGAACAGGUGAAGUCUCAAAAAAAAGCAUAUAAUUGGUCAGAUUAAUCGGACGAGUACGGUGUCUAGUCAGGACCCUGAAGGGGAUGUGGAAGAAGGAAGAAGGGUCGGUUGACCCAGACAUCUCCACUUGAGUUCGCAGUACAUCGGAUACGACCGGGUGAUUGGGUCCUGAUAAAGACCUGGAAAGAUACCAAACUGCACCCAAGCUGGGAGGGACCGUUCCUAACCCUCCCGGCUACUGGAACAGCCAUUCGAGCUGCUGAAAAAGGGUGGAGUCAUCACACUCGUGUUAAGGGCCCCGUGGACGCUCCUUCCCCUUCUGCAGACUGGCAAGCUCAUCCUAUAGACAACCCUCUGAAAGUCAAGCUGAGCAAAAAGAAUGGACUGAGAUAAGAGACUAUUAAGUAUUGGGUUAAAAAAACUGUAUCCCAAAACAAUUGUGAGUGUUGCAUGGACUAACCCCUCCCUGGCAUACAAAGGGUUAGGGAAUAGACAGAUAGGGUUGUGAGCUGAAAUGAGUGGUCAGCUUUAUAUUGUCAUGAUAAUAUUGGCGCUAGCUGCCAAGGGGGGUGGGAAAAAUCAUUUUACCGCUUUAUGUCAGAAUUAUGCUAAACUAAAGGGGCAUACCGACUGUUGGGUAUGUGCGGAGAUCCCACACCAUGGGGAAUCCAGAAUUCCUCUCACGGUAAUACCACUUACCAAAGAAGAAGUGUAUAAUGUACAACAAUUUGACUCGGGCUCAAACAAUACAAAAUGGAGAUCUGACAGGAGUAAUUAUAACUUUGCAGGAUGGUUCCCUCGACCAGCCACAAAAACUCUGGGCGUUAUCGAUGGCUUUAGAGUUUCCCCACCUAAAGGAGCAGUAAAUACCACUUGUUUUUGUAAUCAGAAUGAUACUGCACUCUUCCAAUUAGGAAAUUCAUCUUGUGUCCACACCAGCCAAACUACUCCCACAACCAUUCCCCAAGUAUUGAAUGGGACAUAUUGGGUGGGUGGCUUAAAGGCCUACCCAUUUAUCCCCGGCGAGAAGUACGUUUGGAGUGGCAGAUGUAACGGGAAUGGGUGCUGGGACCAUCCAGUUCAGACACUAUCUCAAAACCAGAAAGGUUGGAGUGGCUGCUGCUACCUUGCCUAUAUAAUUCCCCACUUGCUGUUAAAGAGAGCCCCAAAAAUACCUUGGAAUAAACAGGGAGGAAGGCGAGUAAUCCGGAACGUAACCAAAGGAGAUCGCCUCCUCUGGACUUUGAUACCUAUGUAUGGGACCACUCGAGCAGGAGUAGAAAUACAAAAGUUAGCGGCUUCUCUGGAAGAGUUGGCCAACAAUACUGCUGAUGUGUUGGCCGAAACCCAAACCCAAGUAGCAGCCAUAACAACCGAAAUGAUUGCCACUAGGCCAACGACCCUUCAGAACAGGAUGGCUCUGGAUUAUAUUCUAGCAGAUAAGGGUGGUACCUGUGCACUAAUUGGAGAGGAAUGUUGUAUGUACAUACCUGAGGUCGCCACUAACAUUACUGAUAUCUCCAAACAUGUGCGAGACAAAAUCGCCAAGAUAAGGGAGGCCGGUAAUCAGUACCGGAACGAAGAAGGAUGGGAAUGGGUGAAUUGGGGAUUGACUGGUUGGGGAAGGUAGUUAGUCAAUCUAACUAUCUAUGGAUUAUUGAUAUUAGUGGGUCUGGUAUUAGGGUUCAAUGAUCUCAAAUGGGUAAUGAGCCGCCUGAUGACAUCCCUUGGGGAAGGAACCCAAAUAAACCAUCAGAUGCUUUUACAAUCAGCAGGUAAUAUGCAACAAAGAGAAAGUCAAAGAAUGCUUCUAGAAUUUGAGGGACGAACAACACAAAUGUAAAAUGUAAGAUUGUGAACCUCAUCGCCAAAAGGUGUAAGAGGGCAGAACAUAAGAAAAUGAAUUAAAGGAGACUUAAUAAGUGCAGAAACAACAGUUUUUAAAAAAGAAAAAAGGGGAAUUGU